GAGUCGAGUAAAUGCUCCUUCAUAUUUAGUUGGUUUAGUUUACUCCAGGUAGACGGGUGCGGAGUGAUUUUGUCUUCCCUUGCAGCAGCCGAUCUCAAAUCUUAUAGAAUCAUACAAUUCUUUUCGUCUUCGAAAAUCUUUAAUAUUUUGAAAAGGAUUUGAAUUUUUUUUCUCAAUUUUACUACAAAGAUUAUACGCUGAAAUAAAGAAAACAUUGAAUUAAAAAUAGUUUGCAAUCUAACCGUGCGUACGUGUUGGAUUUGCACUACGAUUUAUUCAUAAGAAAAAAAAAAUGUUUUUACUUAACGUUUUCGUUACUUCUUUCGAAUCGAAGAUGUUCCAGAGAAUAAUCGUCGUCUGCGGGAUCAUCGCCUUCUUUUCCUGCUCAUCCGUUACAUCGCAAUGUUUAACAGGCGACGCAGAUAAUCCGACUACGAUGGACGUAGAUUUCAAGCAAAAGUUGACGCAGGCCCGCUUAGAUUUCGCUCUUGACACCCUGAGGAGAGUUUCCCAAUUCGAAGGCGUCGAUAACGUAUUUUACAGUCCUCACAGUCUUCACGAGGCUUUGACUUUGGCCUAUUUUGCUGCCAGAGGAACUACCGAGGAGUCCUUGAAGCGCGCUCUUCACGUACCGGAGACGUACUCGAAAACUUACGUCCAAAGAUUUUAUGACUUUGAAAAUAUGUUGAGAAGAAUAAGCAGAAUGAGCGGAAAUUCCAGCGCCGAUUACGAGUUUAGUUCCGUGAAUAAGCUCUGGGUAACGCAGGAAAGAAAGAUCAGAGAGUGCAUGUUGGAUCUGUUCGGGACUCAAUUGGAACACGUUGAUUUUAAAAAAGAUCCUGAAGCUAUCAGACAAAUGAUUAACAAUUGGGCGAGCAAUGAGACCAAGGGACAUAUCAACGACUUGCUUCCAAUCGGAGGGGUUACCGAGGAUUCCGAUUUGGUAUUAGCGAACGCUGUCUACUUCAAAGGACUUUGGAAGAGCAAAUUUGACCCGUUGAACUCGAAGAAGGACAAUUUUUACUCAAACGGAUCAAGGACCAGUUUGGUAACCUUCAUGAGACAGAAGGGAACAUUCAGUCACGUUGUUUCCGAAGAAUUGAAAACCCACAUUCUUCAGCUACCUUAUAAGGGCGAAGAUUUAUCGAUGUACAUUUUACUCCCACCGUUCGCUGGCGCUCGUACUUCAGAUUCGGAAAGAACUCCCGAAGGACUUACUCAGUUGAUAGAACGGAUAACGAACACCGAAGCAGGAAUCGCCGAACUUAAACAAUUCCUUGAAGAAGGCUUACCGCCCAGAGAGGUCAGCGUAUCCUUACCAAAGUUCAAAAUUGACAAAGAACUCGCCGUAGGUCACUUGUUAAACGCGAUGGGGGCGGGGGAUAUAAUGACGUCAAAUGCUGACCUUAGAGGGCUUUUGGCCGAUGGAGAACCAAGUCUGCAUUUGGGUGACGCUGUUCAUCGUGCUGUCGUAGAUGUCACGGAGGAAGGAACGACGGCUGCAGCUGCAACAGCUUUGUUUAGUUUUCGGUCAAGUCGACCAGCUGAACCAGAAGUAUUUAACGCCAAUCAUCCCUUCGUGUAUUUCAUCUACGACAGACCUGCGCGAUCGAUUUUGUUCGCUGGAAUUUAUCGCACACCUCCUAACGCCAAUGCGAAUCCUUCGUACUCCUAAAUGAGGAAAAGAAUGACGAAAUGAGAACAAAUUAGAUUGAAGAUUUAUUUUCAUUCGUUAUUAUCUGUUUUUGUUUUUAUUAUAAUUGUACACUAGGAUUCUGUCUUACUAGUUGAAUAGUCACAGACCCGGUUAGAGAACUAAAUUAUGAAUAUUACGAAGUCACUUUUUUUCAUAAGAUUCUUUUAUUUUCAUCUUUAUUAUUAUCGAUUAAUCAAAACUGCGCUGUAAUAAUUUAUUAAUGACGACAAUCGGAGAAAAUAGAUCAUAGAUAAUUUAGUAAUAUAGAAAUGGAUAAAUUUCGAAUCUGAUAGUUUUUAAGCUUUCAAAAUUAUUGUGUCACAAUUACAUAUUAUUGUUAAUAUUAAUACAUUCCAUUUUUAGAUAUUCAGAUAAUAUUAUUUCUUAAUAGAAAUUUCUUGUCAGAAGAAAAAAACACAAAGAAACAAUUGAGUAUGUAUCACUUAUAGUUUGGAUAGAUGAAAUAAAUAUGAAACAUAAAUCGAG